GUAAAUUUUUUUUCCCGGCCGCGACUUAGCGCGAGCCAUUAUCUAGUAUUUCUCUGAAAGCUUUAAAAUGAGCAAAAAAUAAGGAAGGAGCAAAGGCACAAGACGUCUAGAAGAAGGGAGUAAAAAGAAAAGAGACAAGUAGAAAGAGAGAUGAAAAGGUAGCUGGAUUAGAUUCUUAAAUGAGCAAAGAGAGGAGAAAAAGAAAGAGGAAAAAGGAGAAACUAAGUGAGAAUGAAGAAGGGAAGAAGAUAAAAGAAGCACAAGACAGCAAAUAAAUCUGAGGGAGAUUUUCUAUCAUCAAUUACGAUUACUAUGGACAUGUGGCUGCAAUCAAGAAGAAACUGAUAUCCAGGAAUGGAUGAUAUGUGGAAGUAAUUCUCUUAAUAAGUUCUGUAGAAAAUUGAGGGAGGCUUAGGAAAAGUUGUUGAAAUUCUCCAAUAUGUAUGGUCAAGGCAGUUCUAAUCCCCAGUCUGGCAACCAAGGUCCUCAAACACCGAUUGCCCCUCCAUACUUACACCGUCCACCUCCGCUCCCCCACAGUUUCCAACAAGGCCCUCUACCUCCGCCACCUCCUCACACUAGUCAGCCAAGUUUGCCUGGAUAUCAGCAUGUUUCUACGCCCCAACAUCUUGCAGUUCAGCAACUUGCACCUGGCAGGACGCCUAACCCGGGUCAGCCUUAUUUGCACUCUUCUGCAACAGUUCAUAGAAGUGCUCCCAUGCCACAUGUUUAUGCACCUGCGCAGCAAAAUUCACAGCAUUCUUCCUAUUUAGCAUCGGUGCCUCCCCCUCCCCCUCUCUUUGGUUCACACCGUCCUGAAAUGUUACAGGCCUCGCUGCCUUAUAGAGGUUUGCCUCCACCACCUUCACAAGGUCAGGGGUUUUAUAAAUCUCCAGUUCAUUCGUUGCCAAAACAGCUAGCUGGUGUGCAGGGUCAUGUUCCCCCUCCACCUCCCCCACCUCUUCCUCCAACUUCCAGUUUCCUGACUCCUGCUCUCUCUGGGAGUUCUGCUGAGCCUCACGUUGGAAAUCCUCAAAUGCUUUCCACAGCUCCUCCCCCACCACCACCACCACCGACGUCUUCUGCACCACCUAUUCCACCUCUGCAUAACUCCCACAUGAUGCCAUUAUCUGCACCCGUGCUAGAUGGUUCCAUUCCACAAUUUUACUCUGAUUUUGCUUCCAAAUCCUCCAAACCUUCUGGUGAUAAGUUGGGCCCUACUAGUUCCGCCAAUGAAGUCAUUCCUCUCAAUCAAGGUGGACAUAAUGUUCUCAUGCGUGAUGACAACUUAUAUCUGGAAGGUGGAAGUGGUGCUGGGGUGUGUUUUAAAUUGGAUGAAGGAAAGACUUUUUCUGAACCCAGUCAUUUGAUGGAUGCAGUUGGAUCCCACAUGUCUUCUGACUCUGAUAUGGAGAUGGAAGAUGACAUUACACAGUCUGACAAUGACCAGGCAGUAAAUUACUCUAUUGGAGGUCAAACUCAUGGUAAUCAUUUGAUUGCUGGAGCAUUUGAUGUAAGAGAGCAGUUGCAUGAACUGCAGAGUUCAGCACAAUCUGACACUUCCACAAUGGUUUUAUCUCUCUCUGGCUCCUCAAGGCUGAAUAAUGGUGAACAAGGCUCAAAACUCAUCAAUUGUUAUAACCAAUUGACAUCUGGGGAGUCAGUUUCUGAAGUUCAUAGCCCAGUCAUUAAUUCAGCAGGAGCUGAUGAAAAAAGUUCAUUAAGGAUCAUGGCAGCUGCUGGAUGCAACAAUUCUGAUAAAUAUUCUGGUGAAGUUUUUAAACGCAGCAGCCCAUUCAAACUUGUUCAAGAUUAUGCUUCUGAGGAUUGCUCAGAAAAUAAUGAGGAGCCCUGUUUGAAAGAUGACAUUCCUAAAACUGCCUCAGACUUGGUUACUGUUGGCUCUGAAUAUCUGCAGCAGCAGCAACCACCCUAUGGUUUGGAUCCCUCUGCUAUUGAUAACGUGUAUGGUCUAUCUGGGAAGGUGGGUUCUUCAUCUAGACUCCCACCAGAUAUUCUGGACUCAAAUCAGCCAUCUCACCCGCCAGAUUUUGGAGCAAAAAAUUCAGCUCACCUGAAUUCUUAUCCAACUAGUUUUGAGCAGCCACUCAACUCCGGAUUCAGUUCUGAUGUUGUAAGGCAAGAAAAGGUUCCAUCCUGUUCUUGUAAGGAUGAUCAUUCUUCAUGUUUGAACCAUGCUUCACUUGAUGGACAAGGUGUCAGUGUUGGAACAAGACAUCCAAUACCUUCGCCCAAUUCUGCCAGGGGGGUUGCACAAAUUAUUCCUAGCUCAGGAGGUGAUCAGUAUGAUCCGUUUUUAGACAGCAUUGAGCCAUCUUCGAACUCAUUUAAGAGACUUGAUCACAUUCAGAAGUGGGAAUCCAUUGACACUGAUGUUAUGCCGAGGCUUAGUGCCUCAAACAAAUCAUUGGAUGUUGAGGAAAACAAGAAAGAAGUUAGAGGCAUUGCGGUUUCCACAUCUCUUGAAAAUGAGGAGUUUGGUGAGAUUGCAGAUGCAGAAGUGGGUGAUGUUGAAAAUCAGAGCCAGAGUACUCCUGUUGUAGUGAAUGUGAAUAUGGGUGAUAUGGAGAUUGAUCAGAUUAAGUCUCCAAAGAAGAGCAAAAAGAGCAAGGAGUCCAGAUCAAUGAAGCUCUUUAAGGUUACCCUUGCAGAUUUUGUCAAGGAGGUUUUAAAGCCAUCAUGGCGACAGGGUAACAUGAGUAAGGAAGCAUUUAAGACUAUUGUCAAGAAGACGGUUGAUAAGGUUGCAGGAGCAAUGAAGAGCCAUCAAAUACCCAAGUCCAAGGCAAAAAUAGAUCAUUACAUUGACUCAUCGCAACAGAAAUUAACAAAACUUGUGAUGGGUUAUGUUGAUAAGUAUGCCAAAGGGUAAAAGUUGAUAUCAGCAAUGAUUUCUGGUUAAAGACUUUGAUUUUGCUUGCUUUCUGGGACUAGUGUCAAUGGAGCAGCAGAACAAUCUAGAAUUGGUUGCAGGGUGCAGAGCUGUGAGAAUAGAUAGGGGAAAAAAUGAUGGCAUAAGUAGAUUCCUUGUAUUUUGUGAAGUUUGCACCUGCCAAAAAAAGAACAUAUUAAGGUCCAUGACCAGAUGAACUCAGUUACAGCAUAUUCCAACUUCAAGGAUAUUCGUAGAAGUCUCCAAAAUGCGCAUAGAGAUCAUUGAGCAGUCCUUUUCAAGAAUUGGAGCAGAAGCAUUCUUCAGAGAUUACAGUCAGCAAACCUCUCGCAUGUUCAUGUUGUCUGUUCUGUGAGUAGAAUCUUUCAGUAGAAUUGGAUUGUUAUAGUGAAAUGUGAGAUUGAUGACUUUAUUGAAUUACAAGAAUUGAGACUUAUUAAUAUAUUUUGAAUGCAUGAGAUGCUGGUGUUUUGCUUCUCUCUAUUCCUUCCCUAGAAUGGUGAUGCAUACAUGUUUUGAUGAGAAUUCUGGAACAUUUUAUUCCUGUCAAUCAUGUUAUAUGAUGGGUAUUUCAAUCUUGAAUUGGAUUGUGACUGGUUGUAUGGUCUAUUUUCCUUUAUGUCUGAUAGUUAUCUGAUAUUGUGAUGGCUUCCUUAUUUUAGUUUCUAAUUCAUAAAGUGACCUUGAUGUUUUUUCAAUAAAUGCUUCCUGCUCAUCCUUUGUUGUCGGAUUCUAACAUAAAUUGUAUUCUUGGUCGAGGAAACAUCCUGAGAAUUGUUAGUGUGUUCGGGCUCAGCGAGAUGAAAUCAAGUUACAUUGGAUUAUUAAUUACUGUAUGCUUUGACAAUGAAGUGGGAUUUCAUUUAGGUUUGUCCAAUGAAGCCGAGGUUAUGAAUUUAUAGAAUGUUUGCUGUAAUGAGGUGCAUCAUCUGCAUUGGAAUGCUUUGUUGCUUACCAGUAAUACAGAAUUUGGCAUCUUUCAACUGCAGUGGAGCUCGUUACGCGAACCCCUUGUUCUUACAUCUUACACUAAGGGAAGAAAAAAGAAAACCCUUUGGAGCAAUGUGGGUGGGUGGCGAUUGUAGGAAGUUUUACAUUUGGCCUUUCUCUGUAAAUAUUUCAGUUAAGGAACCUGUUGGGCAUGCAUGUGAAUUAUGAGAGAAAGGCUGCCGGAGCUCAGGAUCUUGCAACAAGUACAAUGCAACUGUUGGCUCUGCCGUACUGGAAAUGGAAUCAGAUGCUUUUUAGUUUCAUAUGAUUACCCUUCUUUAUUUCCUUUCCUUUCCGUUUCUUCUUUUUUCUUUUUACUGUGACAGUGUUAGAUGUUAAUAUUAUGAUGUUACAAGAUGGUUUUUGUUA